UUUUUUUUUUUUUCUUUCUUUCUUUUAUACAACAAUGGAAGACAACAAUACACCUGAAGCACCUUCACCUUGUACUGCUGGUUGUGGGUUUUAUGGAAGUAAAAUAUACAACAAUAUGUGUAGCAAGUGCUUCAAAGAACACGAUGAACGGAAUAAAAAAGAUCUCCUGACAACACCACAAGAAAGAGAGGCAAAAGACACAGUAGACACAAAAGAAGAACAAGUAGCACCCAUAUUGAAAAAUGAACCAGACACAAGCAUACAACCCAAACAAGAACCAAAACCUACACAAAAGAACAAAGGACGUUGUUUAACAUGUCGUUCAAAGAUUCCUCUUACUAAACAAUUGACCAACAAAUGUAGAUGUGAUUAUGUCUUUUGUGAUACACAUCGUUAUCCAGACAAGCAUGACUGUACAUUUGAUCAUGCACGCAAUGAUAAAGAUAUCCUUGCUAAAAACAAUCCGAAAUUGAAUGAUAAACCUCGCGGUGGUAAUUCCUUUAACCGUAUUGAUAGUGUUUAAUUGACAAUAAAAGAAAAUAUCAUGGGAGAACAAAAGAAAAGGAUGGGUUCAAUCAUGGGGUCAAUGCGAUGAAAUCUAUUUAAAUUUCUCUCUUCUUUUUUUUCUCUCUCUCUUUUCUUUAUUUUCUUUAUUAUU